CAGUAUCCUUUGGUGCAAGUGUUCACUCUGUUGCGACAUCGACGUGUCAACACGUAGAAACACGGGACGUAUUCUUACGUAGGAGCCACCGAGAAUACAACCGUCCAGAUGAAAUAAAAGAAGGGGGCCUGUGCUCAUGCGCGCGCUGCGGAGGACGUCGUUAUCCUCUUAUCUCCAUUCACAUAAACGUUCAUAAACAUUCCGCGGUGGACUCUCCUUCCACGCAUCCUGCAGAGGAACGAGUGUGGCGUGUGCUGAGGGGAGGAUGUCGCCCUGCGUCCUGAUCGCUGCUCUGUUCACCCUUUCUGUGGCCGUGGCUGAGGGAGAGGAAGAGGUCCAGAGGGUGUGUGUUGGGAAUGCGUUUCGUCUGCCUGUGUACUCCACGUACAGGACUGUGGUGUUCACCCCCAGCUCCGAGGGGACGAAGCGUGUCCUGCUGGAGAAAACCAUGGUGAAGGACCCACGGUUCGAGUGGACCAGAGAUAAGAUGUUGGUCCUGAGGGAAGUCACUUAUGGGGAUCAGGGUCUUUAUGCAGUCAAAAAUACGCUUGGCUUCACCUUCGAGGCUGUUCACCUGGUGGUUUUAGAGUGCAUCCGGUCCUUCCACAGACACUACGGGGAGAGCUUUGAGCACAGCAUCCCCGAAAACGGCUCCCUGCUGGAGUUCUCCCCGCGCGGCGCUCCACACGCGGCGUCGCCCAUCGUGCUUUGGAACGAGACGGACCCCGAGACCAGCAGCGCGAGGCGAGGCCGGCUGCUGCACAGCAGGAGGGUGUGGGUGGCCGAGAGGGUGACGCAGGCCGACCAGGGCAACUACACGGUGAGAGACGUCCAGGGCAACGUGCUGUCCCACCGGCUGCUCAUCGUCCGAGGUGAGUGGAGAAGACGCGUUACCCCCUAG